AUGAAGAAUAACUUGGCUUGGAAGGGACCUGGAGACGAGCUGUUUGAAACUCCCAUGCACAGCAAGGCCAGCUUUGAAGCUAGAUCCACUCUGAAUACAGCCUAUAAGGAUCGUAUAUUGAAAGAGUCCAGCAAAGUUUUCGAAGAUGUUUUGGAAAGCUUUUACUCCAUUGAUUGUAUUAAGUCACAAUUCGAAGCCUGGCGCUCCAAGUACUUCGCUUCUUAUAAGGAUGCUUAUAUUGGCCUCUGUUUACCAAAGCUGUUUAACCCUUUAAUCAGACUUCAGCUGCUUAUCUGGACUCCUUUGGAGGGCAAGUGUCGAGAUUUUGAAACGAUGUUGUGGUUUGAAUCACUGCUGUUUUAUGGCUGUGAAGAGCAGGAGCAAGUGAAAGAUGAUGCUGAUAUUUCACUGUUGCCUACCAUUGUAGAGAGAGUCGUUCUUCCUAAAUUAACAGUGAUUUCAGAAAAUAUCUGGGAUCCUUUUUCUACCACACAGACAUCUAGAAUGGUAGCAAUUGUACAGAAACUAGUAGAUGGAUAUCCCUCAGUGGUGAACGCAGAAAACAAAAAUACACAAAUGCUUUUGAAGGCAUUAUUGCUAAGAAUGAGGAGAACACUAGAUGAUGAUGUAUUCAUGCCCUUAUAUCCAAAAAACAUCUUAGAAAACAAGAACUCUGGUCCAUAUUUGUUUUUCCAACGUCAGUUUUGGUCCUCUGUCAAGUUAUUAGGAAACUUUCUCCAGUGGUAUGGGAUCCUUUCAAAUAAAACUCUCCAAGAGCUGUCCAUAGAUGGGCUGCUAAACAGAUAUAUUCUUAUGGCUUUUCAAAACUCGGAGUAUGGAGAGGACAGCAUUAAGAAAGCUCAAAGUGUAAUUGCUUGCUUUCCUAAACAGUGGUUCAGCAAUCUAAAAGGAGACAAGACUAUUUCUCAGCUAGAAAACUUCUGUAGGUACCUUGUUCACCUGGCUGAUACAAUUUACAGGAACAGCAUUGGUUGCUCUGAUGUAGAGAAGAGAAAUGCAAGGGAGCACAUCAAGCAGAUCAUAAAGCUUUUAGCAAGUAUCCGAGCCCUGGAUCAUGCUGUUACAGUUGCAAAUGAUCACAACGUAAAAGAGUUAAAGAUUUUAAUAGAAGGAAAAUAGACUUUUGCCACAACUCAGUUUGAGCUUUAAAACCAUUCCUGAUCUGUAAUUUAUGUACAUAUGUAAAGUUUCUUAAACUGUAAAGUAUUGAUCUUUGUUUUAAUACAAAGUGCAUUCUUAUAUACAGCAUCCUUAAAAAUAAAAAUCAUUGACUUCAUUGAAAACAAAAAUGGAAUCCCAAGAUUGUCAUCUUUCCAGAAACCAACUUUUCCUUCAAGUUUCUCAAAAUCUUGUUUACAAAAAUACUUUGUGCCCAUGAUCAGUAGUCAUCUACUCCUGUUAAUUGUUCCAUGGUUAACUGGAAUGUGUAUAAUAUAUUUUGUGUAAUCCAAUGUAUGCACAUAUUUAUACCACCGUGUUGCUUUCACACUGGAUAUAGAGAUGUUGUACUGUUGCAAUGAGCUUUUCAUUUGCUAAAAAUUACUUAUUUUGACAAUAAAAUGAUCAUAUUAUUGGUCAAAAGGGCUGGUAAAACAUACAAAUAUGUGAAAAUCAUUUGAGCUGAAGAGUAGAGACACAUUCAAAUGGAACCUGACCUUUAAAAAGCAGCUCUGCUGCAGUCCAAGUGGAGCAGCUAAAUGCUGAUUUGUGUUCAGAAUGUGGAACUCUGAAGACUGUUCUUCGAAAGGAAAAUCCAAAAUCGCUGCUGAAUUAUUUUAAUGCAGGCAAACAAUUAGAACUUGUGAUCAUUGUGCAUGUGCAGAUGGCAGCACUUCCUAAGCUCCAAACACCUGACAUUUUGUAGGAGUAAUGGUUUACCCCUGAACUCUGGACCCUCCUUUCUUUUGUAAGUUGCUUAAAUCCACUGUUUCUGUCAGGAUUUGGGGUUUUUGGUUUUGUGGUUUUUUUGUUUUCUGUUUUUUGGUUUGUUUUCUAAUGUCAUCCAUGGAACCCGUUUUUUCAGAUUAUUGUGGCUAAAGAGGUCGAGCAAAUUGAAGGUGAAAAAAACCUUGAAGUCUUUAUAUUGUAGUAAAUAUUCAAAUGUUACACUUUCCACUAAAUACCAUAUAAGAAUAGUCUUUCAAAAAAAGCCCAAACAGGGAUCAAAUUUAAAUGUAAAUAAAAAAGAAAACACUUAAAAAAAAAUCUGUUGAUUUAUAUCAGAACACUAGUGACUUGAUCUUGGGGUCCAAGGCAUGGGGACAGCUGUAAUAGCCUUGGGUUAAGAGCUAUUUCCACAUGUGCCCUCCUUUUUUUAGGGGAACUGUAGCAAUUUGUGUAAUGAGUAACGUUUGUGCUCAUGUUGUGGUAUAAAUGAGUUACAGUAAAAACGUACCAUUUGUCACAUGCACACUGCUUUGGACACUGGACAGUUGUUUUUCUGAACUGUUGGGAUUGAUGGAGUACUCUCAGAAAUACCUGCUUUUAAAAAUUGUUUCAAUAAACUCAUCUGGUGGAGGA